AUGGUGCUCACAAAGGAUGAGAAGGCUCUCCAUGACCAGGUCAACAUCCUGCCUCGCCGCCAAUUGAUCAUUGCCCUCGCUACCCUCUCAUCGGCCUUACUCCUUGUUACAAUCGAUCAAAAUGGUAUCUCUGUGACUCUCCCCACCAUUGCCAGAGAUCUCAACGCUGAGGCCACCAUAUCAUGGGCUGGUACUUCCAGUUUGAUCGCAAAUACUUGUUUCCAGAUGCUCUACGGGAGAUUAUCCGAUGUCUUUGGUCGCAAAGUCGUUUUCAUUUCUGCCGCUCUGCUUCUCUGUGUUUCGGACCUGCUUUGCUCGUUUAGUCAGAAUGCAGUCAUGUUUUAUGUUUUUCGGGCUCUCGCCGGUAUCGGCGGGGGAGGUGUUUUGAACCUCAACAACAUCAUCAUCUCGGAUAUUGUCAGUCUCGAGCAGAGGGGAAAGAUCCAAGGCAUCACUGGUGCCACUGUCGGACUGGGUAAUAUCAUUGGACCCUUCAUCGCCGCUGGCAUCAUGGAGCGAUCAUCUUGGCGAGGAUUCUUCUGGCUUUUGACACCUCUGUCAUUCCUCACCGCUGUGCUGUCCUUUUUCUUCCUCCCCUCCAAGCCUCCGACUAUUAGCUUCAAGGAAGGGAUUACCAAGAUCGAUUGGGUGGGCUCAUGGGUAUCAGGCGUUGGCAUCGUUCUUCUGCUAAUCCCUAUCUCUGGAGGAGGUUCAUACUUCUCAUGGGACUCACCACUGUCAAUUAGCUUCCUCGCUGUCGGUGGUUCCUUGUUUCUCGCCUUUAUAGGAUGGGAAUGGAAGAUGGCAAAGCUUCCGAUGAUGCCCGUUGACAUCUACAAGAACUCAAGCAUUAGCAUCAUGCUCGCCCAGAAUUUCUUGCUUGGCGCCGUUUACCAGUCCUACCUCUACUACGUCCCUCUGUAUCUCCAGAACCCUCACCAGUACAGCGCAAUGAAGUCGGCAGCGAUAUACACUCCAUUGGUAGCGGCGCAAAUGAUUGCUUCUGUUGGUUCGGGACAAUACAUCAGCCAUCGUCUUAGGUAUGGCGAGGUGCUCAUAUUCGGUUUCGCUGUAUGGACUCUAGGAGCAGGCCUGGCUCUACUACUUACAAGACACUCUAGUAUCGCUGUGAUUGCUGUUAUACUGGGCGUUGUCGGACUGGGAGUCGGGUGCAUCUUCCAACCUACCUUGAUCGCAUUACAGGCUCAUUCCCCCAAGAGCCGUCGUGCAGUCAUCAUUUCCAAUAGGAAUUUCUAUCGUUGUAUUGGCGGAGCAUGCGGUCUUGCUAUCUCUGCUGCAGUCCUCCAAGCUCAAUUACGUGCUACUCUGCCCACUGAGUACAAGGACCUUGCCAGCUCAACAUAUGUACUCCCGGAGUCGGUGCGCCAAGUUCCUGCAGUUUUGGAUGCCUACAUGUCUGCGAGUCACAGCGUGUUCAUAUUGCAAGUUCCUUUAAUUGGCCUAUGCUUGCUUGGCACCGCUUUCAUCCGGGAUCGAGGGCUAGAGCCGGUAAAGGAUACUUAG